UUUUUGUUUCCGCAAGGGACGAAGUGCAAUAAAAGCCAUAACGAGAAAAAAAAUUUCUCCUUUCAAAGACACGACCAUUAUGCUGAUGACUUCACGCGCUUUGCGCCAUUCAACAUUCCUGUGCAGACGUUCUUACUCCACAACCCAGCCACGCUUACUUAAAAGUGACGACUUUGAAUAUGUCUAUGGUCACUCGAGCGUUUUGUCAGCAUUAUUCGCCAAAAAGAGACAUUUCGAUUCGGUUUUACUGAGAGAUCGAUCUACCAAUAACAAGACUGACAGGUACGUUUGCGACCCUACAUAAUACUCACAUGCCCAAAGUAUUGACAAUAGAGCCCAGCUCAAUAAUUGAAACGAUCCGGCAACAAUGUAAAGCAUUGAACAUACCCAUACGUACAAAGGAUAAAGGCUAUCUCAACAACUUGACAAUGAAUAAGCCUCAUCAGGGUGUCGUUCUCAAGGCUUCCAUCCGUGAAACGAUACCGAUAACAAGCUUGUCCAUAAAGGACACAAGUUAUAUUGCUACACCCAAGAAUCCAGCAAAAAACGAUAUUAUUUUGCAAAAGUUAGACUCCCGUGCCCCGCUUUGGAUCGCUCUGGACGAAUUGCAGGAUCCCCAGAAUCUCGGUUCCAUUUUGAGAACCGCUCACUUUUUCGGAGUAGACGGCGUCUUACUGUGUAGCAAAAACAGUGCACCGUUGAGCCCUGCUGUAUCCAAAGUAAGCUCAGGCGCAAUGGAAGUGAUGGACAUUUACUCUACUUCUAGCCUUGUCAGGUUCUUAAAGUCAUCAUCGGAACAAGGUUGGUCGAUCGUUGGUGCUGCAGGUCACGUAGCGAAUUGCGAAUCAGUUGCCAACAUAGCGGCUCGAGUGCACUCGUCCAGUCCCUCUGAACGUACGCCCACUGUACUGGUUCUUGGCAACGAGGGUGUAGGGUUACGCACCAAUGUCAAAGCAUGCUGUCAUCAUUUUGUAAGUAUUCCAGGCCAAGUGUCCACCGAGUUUAUGGGCCACGUUGACAGUCUCAAUGUCGGAGUCGCAGCCGGGAUUCUCAUUGCUGGCAUCAUGGCGCCGUUGUGAUCGCUCGUCUCCUUUUAUCGCCAAUGGUGUCCUGCGCAGUUUCUACAAUUAUUUUUCAUGCCAUUUUCAUGUUGUAAAUAGA